AUGGAAGAAGUAAGUUGUAUCCCAGGCUAUAAAAAUAUAAAUAUUGAAGCCUUGUACAGGCCACAAGAAGACUAUGCUUUUGUCAAUGAUAUAAAGGCUAAAAAAUUUGUAUAUAACCCAUAUUUUAAGAGAGAAUUAGAAGGUCCAUUUAUUGAGGAAUAUUAUGAACAUUAUGAAGGUAAUAAGGCAUUAAAACACUUUUUAUUUUCUCCACAUAUUGUUUCACCACAAAAAUCAAAUAGGCAAUGCAAUCCAUUUGUGGCUUAUCCAUAUGGAGUUCCUCAAGAUCCGUUAUAUGAAAAGUGCCCUAAAUGUAAAGGAAAUAAAAAGUAUAGAAAAAAGAAGAAUAAUAAAACUAAAUAUUAUUAUGAAAACGAUUACUUUAGUUCGAAAUUAAAGCCAUGUAGUAGUUCACGUGACUUUGAUUCUCAUGAAGAUAAUUAUUAUAGUGACAACGAAGACAUUCAUUAUUUUAAUUAUUCACAUGAAGAAAAUUGUCAAAGAAAUAAUUUUAACAAUUCACCUUACUUAAACAAUUUUGAAAAUAUAUACUCUAAUGGAUGUAAAACCGAGGAAAAAUCAAAUAAUUCAGUAGAAAAUUUCGAUGUAGAUGAUUGUAAUAAAAUUAGUUCCUUAACAGAUUACCCUCGUCAAAAUGAUGAAAAUUCUGAAUAUUUUUAUAGUUAUAAUGAAAAGGCAAAUAUGAAUUCUCAAGAGGAAAUUAAAAAAUACAUUGAAAUCUAUCACAGUCGAAAUAAUUUUCAUUCAAAUGAUUGUGAUUAUGAACAAAAUGAUUCCAAUGAUAAAAGCUUAGGUGUUUACAAAACGAAUGACACUAAUGCUGAAGAAUAUCAAAGUACUAUUGAUGCAGAAAAGGAAAAUGAAAUUGAAGCUAUUUUAAAUGAGUAUAGUGAUAUGAUUCAAACCAAUGAAAUGAAUAAAUUUGCCGAUAAUAAAGAUGAAACAAAUGAAAACAAUAAAGAAUUAACAAAGGAUAAUGAUGAAUUGAAUUCCGAAAAAAUAACAAUAGAAAUUAAAAACAAAAAUAUAAAAUAUAAUGUAAAAAAUGAUAAAAAUUCAAAACAAUAUAAAAAACAAGUUAAAAUAUGUGAAAAUGAAAAUGUUUUAACUAAAUAUAAUGUCACAGAAAAUUUUAAAAAGCAUGAAGUUUCUAAAGAAAAUAUAAAAGCAAAAAGCCCAUUACAAAAUAGUUCUCAAUAUAGCCAAGAAUAUGAAAAAAAAAAAAAUGAACAUAAUGGAAGAUUUUGUAAAUUAAUUAAUUCAAAAUAUGAAAUACAAAAAAAACUUAUGGAAACAAAAAAUAAAAAAGAAAAGAAAAAUAGUCUAGAAUUGUCAACAUCAAAUGAUGAAGAAACAUUCGGUUCUUCUUCGCCAAAAAAAAUAUAUGUGAAAUAUAGGAAACUAUCUUUAGAUAAAAAUAAUAGUUCACCGAAAAAAAGAAAUGAAAAAGAAAUAAAUUAUAAAAAUUUAAAGAGUACUAUUCCUAGAGCAAGGUCGUUAAAAGUGAAGAGUGUUAUUAAUUUGUCAACAAAAAAUAGUAAUUUACCUUUAAGAAAAAAAAAUUAUUUAAACAAAUUAAAUUCAUUGACUGAAACUAAGUUUAAAAAACAAAAUACAUUUGCAUUAAAAAAAAGAAAAAGCAUUUCAAGGCUAAAUUCUAUAAAAUCUCCAAAUAGGGUUAUUUUAAACAAAAAAAAAAUAGAAAAUACUGAGAAAAGCAUAAGUUCUUUAGACAAUAAAAAAAAAAGAGAUUUUCAAUCAAGAUCAAAAAAGUUUCUUAGCAGAUCAAAAACAAAGGUUUAUGUUAACAAUGAAUCAAAACUUUUCAAAAAGUCCGAAGUAAAAAUGCUGUCAAAAACUCCUUUUAACCCACAUGUAUCCGAAAAAAAAUCAAAGAUAAAUGAAUCUGAUGAUGAUAAAAAAAAAAGAAUUAAGGAUAUCUCCAAAACUAAAAGAAGAACAAAUUUGAACUUUAAUGCUAACACUCCAAAAAUAAAUAGCACUUCUAUAAGAAACAAACUAAAAUCGAAAAAGAAAGAGUUAUUUGAAAAUAUUUUGUCCUUAACUAAAAAUAUGAAGGAAAAUCCAUUAAAGAAAGAAUAUAAUGAUAAAAUAGAAGAUGGAGAUUUCUUAUCCAUAAUUUCUAAUAAUAGUAAUGAUGAUGUGGAAAGUAGUCCUAAUGAAAAUAAUAAGAAUAUCAAUUUAACUACUCUUAAUUCAACAGUUAAAAAAAAAAAGCAUUAA